AUGAAGGAGCUGCUCCUUGCAAGCAUUUGCCUCACUUCGGCUUUGGCUUUGGAUGUGAUCGUGGUCGGAGCGGGCGUCGCUGGCUUAAGCGCCGCCAAAAGAUUGCAAGACGCAGGUCACAGCGUUACCCUCCUAGAAGCCAGAGAUCGCAUAGGUGGCCGCACCUGGACGAGUCACAGCUUGGGCUUUCCGACCGACCUCGGCGCUAGCUGGAUUCACGGAGCAGGUCCUCUAAAUCCUUUGACUCCCUUUAUCUCAGAAUUUGGCCUGGUCACUGUAGAGGAGGCUGAUGAACAGAAGUGUCGCUACGACAGGAAUGGCUACAAGUACAGCCGCAGGGAGAUCCUCGCCUGGGAAGCUGCUUGCUGGGCUUCAGGCUUCUAUGGCGGAUAUGGCUCGGACUCCACCAAUACCCUGGAGGUGGAUUUGAGGAACUACUACCCGUCGUUCUUCGGUACCGUGGAAGGAGAGAUGUGCCUUGCCGGCUGGGACUUCAACGAAGGUUCCACUCUGGAUUUGGUGAGCACAGCCAACAGUUUUCAAAGCGAAGUGACCACUAGCGCUGGUGGCCCCGAACUGAUCCUCCUUGAUGGCUACAACACUCUGACUGACAACCUGACCGCUCAGUUUCAAGCUGCGGGUGGAACCGUGGUGAUGAACGCCGCAGUGACCGAGGUCCAGUACUGCAUGGGGUACAGUGAGAACGGCGUGAUCCCUCCUUGCGCGGUCAAAGUGUCGACCGCCACAACGCAGUACACGGGUGAUGCGGUGAUUGUUGCCGUGCCUCUGGGUGUUUUGCAAGCCAACAAGGUGGCAUUUGUUCCGGCCCUCCCAUCUUCCUACACCGAUGCCAUCGCACGGAUGCAGUUCGGUGUCGUGAACAAGGCAGUAGCUGUUUUCGACACCGACUUUUGGACAGCUGGGUGUGGGACUGACCUGAUGCUGGCAAUCAACCAGCGUGGGGCAAAUAUUGACAAUCGUGGCAUGUUCCCAUAUUUCAUGAACCUCAACCGCGAUUGGAGGGGCAGCAAGGCGCUGCUGGGUUUCGCCGUGGGACGAUAUGCGGUUGCCUCUGAGCAGAAGACAGACGCCGAGGUGGAGGCUGACUUCAUGUCAAGGCUUCGCCAGCAGUUUCCGAAUGCCCCCAACCCGACGCAUUUCCUGCGAACCAAGUGGGGCUCAGACCCGUUUGCCCAUGGAAGCUACACCACCCCCUCGGGCGUCAAUGCAAAACUGGAUGAGCUGGGGCUGCUUAGCCAGGCCGUGAGCGCCUCUCUCUCCCUUGCAGGAGAUCAUGGAUGGCAGGCCAUCGGGACUUUCGUCGGCAAUGUCGACCCACGCCACUUCAAGGACGUUCCUGUUCUUGCUUUCGCUGGACGCCGGGGCGCGCCGCUGCCGGCCAAGCCGGCCGAAGAGGCGCUGGAGCUCGGGGAGCUCGAUGAGUUCGUGGACUCUAUCUGGGGCAAUGCCAAGUCCCUUUUGGAUUCCGAGCCUGGGCGGAAGCUGACUGAGCUUGCCGGCGAGGAGCGCUUGGAGAGCAUUAAGGCUGGGAUCAGCUCGACAGGUUCUGGCGCAGUGGCUAUGAUUCCCAUCAGCCUGCUAGAUCCGGAUCGACUCACUCCCCGCUGGGAGUUCCAACUUGACAUGCUGGCACUAGAUGUUUUCCUCUUUGGAUUGGUGUAUCGCUACGCUGUGCGUCAGGGAGACGACAAUCCCAUGCUGCGGCUGGGUGUCUUGGGCGCUUUUGUCUUGCCACGCGCACUCUUCCUGGUGCGCAUGCCAGCAGAAUGCCAGGCCCUGCCGCUCAGCUGUGGUCCUCCCCUCGGCUACUUCAGCUGGGACAUGCUGGCCCAGGUGGCUUGGCACUUCGUCUCCGGCGGGGUGGUCUUCGGGGUGGCCAUCUACGGAUUAGAGCGUGCCAUAGCUUCAGGCUUCGUAUGCCGCUUCAAAUCGUCUUGA